GAGGAAAAGCUGGGGAGGCUGGGGAAAGUGAUGAGUCCAAAAAAAUAGUCCCUUCGAGUCCUCUAAUUUACCCUCGCGGCGCAGCAGUAAGCGAGGCCCUCGGCGCACUGCGCCCCGAAUUCCUGCGCCCCACUGCACCGCGGCGCUCCGUGGAGGGGUACAUAAGACGGAGGGGGUGAGGUGACUUGGGCGGAGUUCUGUCGUCGGGAUCCCUCCGCAGGGCUCAGCCGUUUCCGGAGUCUGCGCUGCGCCCGGUUCCGCCAUUGCGGCUCUCCCGGACCCUGGAGCCUCCGCCCCCGACCCGAGCUCUUUCGUCUGCCUGCCAGUUUUCUGCGUCCCCGGAGAGUAUCUUGCUGAGCCCAGCCUCCCCCCUCCCCCUUCUCCUCCUCUCCCUUGGAGAGCCCGGGCAGCUACUGCCCCGCAGCCCCAGUGACAGGAGGAGACCAUACACCCCGACAGCGCCAUGGCCCAGAUUCUGCCAAUUCGUUUUCAGGAGCAUCUCCAGCUCCAGAACCUGGGUAUAAAUCCAGCAAACAUUGGCUUCAGUACCCUAACUAUGGAGUCAGACAAAUUCAUCUGCAUUCGAGAGAAAGUAGGAGAGCAGGCUCAGGUGGUAAUCAUUGAUAUGAAUGACCCAAGCAAUCCAAUUCGAAGGCCAAUUUCUGCAGACAGCGCCAUCAUGAAUCCAGCUAGCAAAGUAAUUGCACUGAAAGCUGGGAAAACUCUUCAGAUAUUUAACAUUGAAAUGAAAAGUAAAAUGAAGGCCCAUACCAUGACUGAUGAUGUCACCUUUUGGAAAUGGAUCUCUUUGAAUACGGUUGCUCUUGUUACGGAUAAUGCAGUUUAUCAUUGGAGUAUGGAAGGAGAGUCUCAGCCAGUGAAAAUGUUUGAUCGCCAUUCUAGCCUUGCAGGGUGUCAGAUUAUCAAUUAUCGUACAGAUGCAAAGCAAAAGUGGUUACUUCUGACUGGCAUAUCUGCACAGCAAAAUCGUGUGGUGGGAGCUAUGCAGUUGUAUUCUGUAGAUAGGAAAGUGUCUCAGCCCAUUGAAGGACAUGCGGCUAGCUUUGCGCAGUUUAAAAUGGAAGGAAAUGCAGAAGAAUCUACGUUAUUUUGUUUUGCAGUACGGGGUCAAGCUGGAGGGAAGUUACAUAUCAUUGAAGUUGGCACACCACCUACAGGAAACCAGCCCUUUCCAAAGAAGGCAGUGGAUGUUUUCUUCCCUCCAGAAGCACAAAAUGACUUUCCUGUUGCAAUGCAGAUUAGUGAAAAGCAUGAUGUAGUAUUCUUGAUUACUAAGUAUGGUUAUAUCCACCUCUAUGAUCUUGAGACUGGUACCUGUAUCUACAUGAAUAGAAUCAGUGGAGAAACAAUCUUUGUUACUGCACCGCAUGAAGCUACAGCUGGAAUAAUUGGAGUCAACAGAAAGGGACAAGUUCUGUCAGUAUGUGUGGAAGAAGAAAACAUAAUUCCUUAUAUCACCAAUGUCCUACAAAAUCCUGAUUUGGCUCUGAGAAUGGCUGUACGUAACAACUUAGCUGGUGCUGAAGAACUCUUUGCCCGGAAAUUUAAUGCUCUUUUUGCCCAGGGAAAUUACUCAGAGGCAGCAAAGGUAGCUGCCAAUGCACCAAAGGGAAUCCUUCGUACCCCAGACACUAUCCGUCGGUUCCAGAGUGUCCCAGCCCAGCCUGGUCAAACUUCUCCUCUACUUCAAUAUUUUGGAAUUCUUUUGGACCAGGGUCAGCUAAACAAGUACGAAUCCUUAGAACUGUGUAGACCUGUACUUCAGCAAGGACGGAAACAGCUUUUGGAGAAAUGGUUAAAAGAAGAUAAGCUGGAAUGUUCAGAAGAACUUGGUGACCUUGUGAAAUCUGUGGACCCUACAUUGGCACUUAGUGUGUAUCUGCGGGCUAAUGUCCCAAAUAAAGUCAUUCAGUGCUUUGCAGAAACAGGUCAAGUCCAGAAGAUUGUUUUAUAUGCGAAAAAAGUUGGAUAUACUCCAGACUGGAUAUUCUUGCUGAGGAAUGUCAUGCGUAUCAGUCCAGAUCAGGGACAGCAGUUUGCCCAAAUGUUAGUUCAGGAUGAAGAACCUCUUGCUGAUAUCACACAGAUUGUGGAUGUCUUUAUGGAAUACAAUCUAAUUCAGCAGUGUACAGCAUUCUUGCUUGAUGCCCUGAAGAAUAACCGCCCAUCUGAAGGUCCUUUACAGACACGGUUGCUUGAGAUGAACCUUAUGCAUGCGCCUCAAGUUGCAGAUGCUAUUCUAGGGAAUCAGAUGUUCACGCAUUAUGACCGGGCUCAUAUUGCUCAGCUGUGUGAAAAGGCUGGUCUGCUGCAGCGUGCAUUAGAACACUUCACUGAUUUAUAUGACAUAAAGCGUGCGGUUGUUCACACUCAUCUUCUUAACCCUGAGUGGUUAGUGAAUUACUUUGGGUCCUUAUCAGUGGAAGACUCCCUAGAAUGCCUCAGGGCCAUGCUGUCUGCCAAUAUUCGUCAAAAUCUGCAGAUUUGUGUUCAGGUGGCUUCGAAAUAUCAUGAGCAACUGUCAACUCAAUCUCUGAUUGAACUUUUUGAAUCUUUCAAGAGUUUUGAAGGUCUCUUUUAUUUUCUGGGAUCCAUUGUUAACUUUAGUCAGGACCCAGAUGUGCACUUUAAGUAUAUUCAGGCAGCUUGCAAGACUGGGCAGAUCAAAGAAGUAGAAAGAAUCUGCAGAGAAAGCAACUGCUAUGAUCCUGAGCGAGUCAAGAAUUUUCUCAAGGAAGCCAAGCUAACAGAUCAGUUACCACUUAUCAUUGUAUGUGAUCGAUUUGACUUUGUCCAUGAUUUGGUGCUCUAUUUAUAUAGAAAUAAUCUUCAAAAGUAUAUAGAGAUAUAUGUACAGAAGGUGAAUCCAAGUCGACUUCCUGUGGUUAUAGGAGGAUUGCUUGAUGUUGAUUGCUCUGAAGAUGUCAUUAAAAAUUUAAUUCUUGUUGUAAGAGGUCAAUUCUCUACUGAUGAGCUUGUUGCUGAAGUUGAAAAAAGAAACAGAUUGAAACUGCUUCUGCCUUGGCUAGAGGCCAGAAUUCAUGAGGGCUGUGAGGAGCCUGCUACUCACAAUGCAUUAGCCAAAAUCUACAUAGACAGUAAUAACAACCCAGAGAGAUUUCUUCGUGAAAAUCCUUAUUAUGACAGUCGCGUUGUUGGAAAGUAUUGUGAGAAGAGAGAUCCACAUCUGGCCUGUGUUGCUUAUGAACGUGGCCAGUGUGAUCUGGAACUUAUUAAUGUUUGCAAUGAGAAUUCCCUCUUCAAAAGUCUUUCCCGCUAUUUGGUACGCCGAAAGGAUCCAGAAUUAUGGGGUAGUGUGCUGCUGGAAAGCAAUCCUUACAGGAGACCCCUAAUUGACCAGGUUGUACAGACAGCCUUGUCUGAGACUCAGGACCCUGAAGAAGUGUCAGUAACUGUCAAGGCUUUUAUGACUGCAGACCUUCCUAAUGAACUCAUUGAACUGCUGGAGAAAAUUGUCCUUGAUAACUCUGUAUUCAGUGAACACAGGAAUCUGCAAAACCUCCUCAUCCUCACUGCAAUCAAGGCUGACCGUACACGUGUUAUGGAGUAUAUUAACCGCCUGGAUAAUUAUGAUGCCCCAGAUAUUGCCAAUAUUGCCAUCUGCAAUGAGUUGUUUGAAGAAGCAUUUGCCAUUUUCCGGAAAUUUGAUGUCAAUACUUCAGCAGUUCAGGUCUUGAUUGAACAUAUUGGAAAUUUGGAUCGGGCAUAUGAGUUUGCUGAACGCUGCAAUGAACCUGCAGUCUGGAGUCAGCUUGCAAAAGCCCAGUUGCAGAAAGGAAUGGUGAAAGAAGCCAUUGAUUCAUAUAUCAAAGCAGAUGAUCCUUCAUCCUACAUGGAAGUUGUUCAAGCUGCCAAUACUAGUGGAAACUGGGAAGAACUAGUGAAGUACUUGCAGAUGGCCCGUAAGAAGGCUCGUGAGUCCUAUGUGGAGACAGAAUUGAUAUUUGCCCUGGCUAAAACAAAUCGCCUUGCAGAGUUAGAAGAAUUCAUCAAUGGGCCAAAUAAUGCUCAUAUCCAACAAGUUGGUGACCGUUGUUAUGAUGAAAAGAUGUAUGAUGCUGCUAAACUAUUGUAUAAUAAUGUUUCCAAUUUUGGACGCUUGGCAUCUACCCUGGUUCAUCUGGGUGAAUAUCAGGCAGCUGUUGAUGGAGCUAGGAAAGCUAACAGUACUCGAACAUGGAAAGAGGUCUGCUUCGCCUGUGUAGAUGGUAAGGAGUUUCGUCUUGCUCAGAUGUGUGGGCUUCAUAUAGUAGUACAUGCAGAUGAAUUGGAGGAACUUAUCAACUACUAUCAGGAUCGAGGCUACUUUGAAGAACUGAUAACCAUGUUGGAAGCAGCGCUGGGACUUGAGCGAGCUCAUAUGGGAAUGUUUACCGAAUUAGCUAUUCUAUAUUCUAAAUUUAAGCCACAGAAAAUGAGGGAGCACCUGGAGCUGUUCUGGUCCAGAGUGAAUAUUCCUAAGGUGCUUAGAGCUGCAGAACAAGCUCAUCUUUGGGCAGAAUUGGUGUUUUUGUAUGACAAGUACGAAGAAUAUGAUAAUGCCAUAAUUACUAUGAUGAAUCAUCCAACUGAUGCAUGGAAAGAAGGGCAGUUCAAAGAUAUCAUUACCAAGGUUGCCAAUGUAGAACUAUACUACAGAGCAAUACAGUUCUACUUAGAAUUCAAGCCUCUGUUGUUAAAUGAUUUGCUGAUGGUGCUGUCUCCACGGUUGGAUCAUACUCGUGCUGUCAAUUAUUUCAGCAAGGUUAAACAGCUACCGCUGGUGAAACCAUAUUUGCGUUCAGUUCAAAACCACAAUAAUAAAUCUGUGAACGAAUCACUGAACAACCUCUUCAUUACAGAAGAAGAUUAUCAGGCUCUGCGAACAUCAAUAGAUGCUUAUGACAACUUUGACAAUAUCUCACUUGCUCAACGUUUGGAAAAACAUGAACUCAUUGAGUUCAGAAGAAUUGCUGCUUAUCUCUUCAAAGGCAACAAUCGCUGGAAACAGAGUGUAGAGCUGUGCAAGAAAGAUAGCCUGUACAAGGAUGCAAUGCAGUAUGCCUCUGAAUCUAAAGAUACUGAGUUGGCUGAAGAACUCCUACAGUGGUUUUUGCAGGAAGAAAAAAGAGAGUGCUUUGGAGCUUGUCUUUUUACCUGUUAUGAUCUUUUAAGGCCAGAUGUUGUCCUGGAAACUGCAUGGAGGCACAAUAUCAUGGAUUUUGCCAUGCCCUAUUUCAUCCAGGUCAUGAAGGAAUACUUGACAAAGGUUGAUGCAAUAAAGGAAAAGGUGGAUAAAUUAGAUGCUUCAGAGUCACUGAGAAAAGAAGAAGAACAAGCUACAGAGACGCAACCUAUUGUUUAUGGUCAGCCCCAGUUGAUGCUGACAGCAGGACCCAGUGUUGCAGUCCCUCCCCAGGCACCUUUUGGCUAUGGUUAUACUGCACCACCCUAUGGGCAGCCACAGCCUGGCUUUGGGUACAGCAUGUGAGACAGAAAGCUGAUCCUGUAGUCGCAUAUUUUCUUACUGAAACAUCGUCUCUACUGCUUCUCAGUUUAUAACGGGGAAAACAGGCACAUGUUCUUGUAACCUUUAUUUCAUGAAGGACUACUUUGUUUCUAACUAUAAACUCGGAUCACCUAUGUUAAAAGCUUAUUUCACAUUCCGCAUCAUUUUAGAAUUUAUUUUCAAAGGGGAAUAGUUUCAGUGUUUUAUUCACUCGGGCUUUUUUUUUUUCUUCCCCCUCAUACUUUGAAGAACUGCUUAAUACUCAAUCUGUUGUGAAGAAUCUGAUUUGCACUCUGUAGUGUUUAAAGAGAAAAAAACUCUAAUAUUGAUUCUCUUAAAUUUAGUGUAUGUAAACAGCUUUCGAUAUGUAUUGUCUAAAUGCAUUUAAAUCUCUUUACUUAAAAGCUACAGCAAAAAUAUUGGUAUGUGACCAUGUAAGACUGUCAAUGCCAACAAAGACAACACUAAUCAGCAUAUCCUACAUUGGAUUGCAGUGCUCUCCAAAUUAUUUGAAAAAUGCAUUACAGACAACCUGCCUGACUUUUAAAUGAGCAUAAAAGGCCCUUUAACCUAUGCAGGAUUCCUCAUUAUGCAUAUAGAAAAUGCUAGUGUGUUUUUGCUCACUUCAUAUGUAACAGGUGCCCUUAUGUUGUGCUGUAUCCUGUGCUUUUUCUGUGGGACCAUUCCAUUCAGGAACAAAGCGCACCAUGAUUCCAAUCUGUGUGUAUUUACUAACCCUUCCCUGAGGUUUGUGUAUGUUGGAUAUUGUGGUGUUUUAGAUCACUGAGUGUACAGAAGAGAGAAUUCAAACAAAAUAUUGCUGUUCUUCAGUUUUGUUUGUGGAAUUUGAAAUUACUCAAAUUUAAAAUAAAUUACUGGACUGUGGAAAUAACACGUAGAAUGGCAGUUUUAAUUAAAUACCUCUCAAACUUUAACCAAAAGAACUGUGGUUGUCAUAGUUUCGUACUGAAAACUGAGGCAUGGUACAGUGAGGCAGGAGCACAGAAGCAGAGUGAGCACUGGGACCUGUGGAAACACAGCGUUAUAUUGUGUGCAUUCCUGUAGUUAAUAAGGUACAUGUGGUAGUCUGAAGAAACAGCACUGUAGUGGGCUACAUUUUGGCUGUCUCCCAUCAUUUUCACCAAGGUGGUACCUUAGGUUUUUAUCUAAGCAUUUCACUUAAAUAUACAGAUAUGGAUGUUUUAUUAACUUGAAAUAAAAAUUUGUAAGCAUGUAAUUAACAUACUGCCCCUUAGGGCCCCCAAAUUAUGGGUACUUUGUUUUUUAACUGGUGUUUGAAUUCAGCCUUUUUUGUUUAUGGCUGAGAAUGUUACUUUGUUUAUUUCAUUGUUAAUCCUCAAUAGAGUUAGAGAGCCCGCACCUAGCCUUGUGUUGUCCUAUAGUUCUCUAGGUAAGGCAGAUGACCAUCAGCUGCAUGGAAGGCUUUUUUUGAAACUUAGAACCCCUGCCCUUUCCCACUUGUAAUCAUCCCUUAUUUUCCUAUCAAAAAUUAAAGUAUUAGCUGUUAAA